AUGGCCGUCGCCACCGAUGGCUCCGACUUCGACUUUGUCCGUCGCAUGACCCCCGAGGGCUACGUCUUCCCGACCCACCGGCUCAAGCAGACGUGCGCCCCCGGCAAGGUUCCGCUCAUCAUUGUUGCCUGCGGUUCCUUCUCCCCCGUGACGCUGCUGCAUCUGCGCAUGUUUCCCAUGGCACUUGACCAUGCCAAGAAUAUAGGCUUCGAUGUUGUCGGCGGUUACCUUUCCCCCGUAGGCGAUGCAUAUAAGAAGAACGGCCUGGUACGGGCGCAUCACCGCGUCAACAUGUGCCGGCUUGCCGCCGAGAACACCAGCAAGUGGCUCAUGGUCGACACAUGGGAGGCUGAGAACCAUCUCUACAUGCCCACUGCCCGCGUCCUGGACCAUUUCGACUGGGAAAUCAACCACGUCCGCGGCGGCGUCGAGACCACCGAGGGCACCCGCGUGCCGGCCAAGAUCAUGCUCCUCGCGGGCGCGGAUCUCAUCCAGACGAUUUCGACGCCCGAGGUCUGGGACGUCGGCGAUGUCGACCACAUUCUCGGCAACUUUGGCGUCUUUGUCCUCGAGCGGACGGGGACCGACCUCGAGACGGCGCUGGGACAGCUGAGGAGAUGGGAGAAGAACAUCCACGUGAUUCGACAGAUUGUUACCAACAACAUCAGCUCGACGACGGUUCGGCUGCUCUUGAAGAGGGACAUGAGCAUCGAUUACCUGAUUCCCCAGGAAGCUGUCGAAUACAUCAUGGCCAACAAUCUGUACCGCGACAUGGAUCUGCAACCAACAGAGGAGAGCAAGGGCAAGGGCAAGGGCAGGGCCGUGCAGCCGUCUGGUUCCUAG